AUGUCUAUUUUCAGGGUAAAUCGCAAGCAUGUCCCCAAGUCCUCUGAGGACGUUCUGGAUGACGAGGACACAGUGCGGAUGAGGGCAAAUGUGUUUGAAUGGGCUCAGCAGGGCAACUUGGUGGCGCUGGAGAAACACAUGGCCCAUCUGACCAUACGAGACCACGCUGGAGCUUGCCCGCUGCACCACGCCGCGUCAGGUGGACACCUUCAGACCAUACUCCUCAUCUCAAAAGCAGCCGGAGCAGAAGGGCUGAAUGCCGUGGACCAGGAGGGCAACACCCCACUGCAUUGGGCUGUGCAGAAGGACCAGAGAGAAAGCUGCUCGGCUCUCCUGGCUCUUGGAGCCAAUCCCAACGUCCUGAACAGGAACUCUCUCUCUCCACUCCACUUGGCUGUCAGUUUGCGCCGCAACGCCUUAGUGAAGGAACUCCUCUCCUACAGCCAGACUGAUGCUAACAUGGAGGGAGAGCUAGAUAACACACCUGUAAUGAUCGCUUGUGCAACAGAUAACCAUGAAGCUCUUCAUAUACUGUUCAAACAUGGCGCACAGUUUUGCAGCCAAAACAAGUUGGGACAUUUUCCUAUUCAUGCUGCUGCUUUUGCUGGGGCGAAACAAUCUAUGCAGGUUAUUCUUCAAAGGGGAGAAGAGAUGGGUCAUUCGAUCGAGGCACAUAUCAAUUAUGUGGACAAGUCCUGCAACAGCCCUAUUCAUCUGGCUCUUCGUGGAGGAAACAUUGAAGUCAUCAAACUCUGUAUGGCGUACGGCGCGAAAAUAAACAGACAACAACAAUGUGAUCAAUCAACAGCCCUCCACUCAGCCUGUACACAAGGGGCCACCGAGGCAGUUAAGGUCAUGCUCUCUGCCUGUCAGAACAUCUCGGACGUCAUCAACAUCACCGACGGAUGCAGCCAAACCCCUCUGCAUAAGGCAGCCAUCUUUGAUCACCAUGAACUGGCAGAAUAUCUCAUCUCAAAGGGUGCCGACAUUGACGUCACCGACUACAAGGGGCAUUCUCCAUUACUUCUGGCCGCGAGCUGUGGGGCCUGGAGAACAGUGAGCCUACUGCUGUCUCAUGGUUGCGAUUUCACAGUGAAGGACACAGGUGGAUGUAACUUCAUGCACCUCACCAUCUUGCAACCAGGGGGCCUUCGGAACCUUCCUACGGAAUUUUUACAGCAUGAGUGUGUGCGAGAGCUCCUUCGUGAUGAGGACACUGAGGGCUGUACUCCUCUCCACUACGCCUGCAAACUGGGCGUGGUCGACUCAGUGAGGAGCAUGCUGGGGCUGGAGGUGUCACCUAACCAAAAGUCCAAACAAAAGAAGUCUGCUCUACAUUUCGCAGCUGAGUUUGGGAGGAUAAAUACCUGCAACAGACUCCUAGAGACCAUGACGAACACCCGGCUCCUGAACGAGGGCGAUGAGAGGGGCAUGACCCCUCUCCACCUGGCAUCCCGGCACGGUCACUUCCGAGUGGUGGAGCUCCUGCUGUGCAGAGGAGCGCUGUGCCAAAGUGAUUACAAAGGAUGGUCAUGCCUCCAUCACGCCGCAGCAGGAGGCUACACGCGGACAAUGGACAGUCUCCUGGGAUCACACAUCAAACUGCUGGACAAAACAGAUGAUGACAAGAACACGGCGCUCCACCUGGCCGCCAGGGAAGGCCACGCCGUCGCCGUGCGCCUGCUCCUGAGGAGGGGAGCGCAGGUGCUGCUCAACAAGAGCGGCGCCUCCUUCCUGCACGAGGCCAUCCACAACUACAGGAAAGAGGCCGUCGAGGUGGUGCUCGAGAGUGACAGAUGUGCAGAAGUUCUUAGUACAUUCAACCCCGACUCCACCAAGCGCUGUGCUGUCCUGGACAUGAUCGAACUGCUUCCAGAGACCUUCAAGAGUCUCCUUGACUUGUGCAUAAAGGAGUCGGAGGAGGACCCCAACAGCUUGAACUACUGGAUUGAGUAUAACUUCCAGUGGCUUCAGUCACCCCAUCAAUAUGUAAAGCAGGCAAGGAUGGACAAAGGCAUAGACCAUAAGCCACUUCCAGCUCUGAAUGCCAUGGUGGACCACAACCGAGUUGAUCUAUUGACUCAUCCUGUCUGCAGAAAGUACUUAGAGAUGAAAUGGAAAGCCUACGGUGUCAAAGUGCAUCUACUAAAUAUGGCCGUUUACAUGCUGGGGCUCCUUCCUCUGACCUACCUCAUUCUGAACCUGAGACCCAUUCUCAAAAUGGCCGAUAACACCACCACUACUAAUGAGGUCACUAUGACUACCACUUCAUUAUACAAGCAAUGCAAUGUGAUAAACUUCUGUCUAUUCCUGACCCUGGCAAUGAAUCUGUAUGCAAUGGGGAAAGAAAUAGUGCAGAUAUGUCAACAGCGGACAGGUUACCUUCGCGACGUGACCAACGUGCUGGACUGGCUCUCGGCCAUCACGUCCUUGACGUUUGUGGUGAUGCUGCUGCUGGACACCAGGACAGCCUGGCACUGGCAGAUAGGGGCUCUCUCCGUGUUCUACAACUGGGUGAACCUCCUGCUCUAUCUGCGGCGCUUUGAACGCUUUGGGAUUUACGUGGUUAUGUUCCAAGAGAUUGCAAAGACCCUUGUGAGCACCAUCUCGAUCUUUAUCUGUUUGAUACUUGCUGUUGCAUUGUCCUUUCACGCCCUGAUGCUCGAGCAGAAAAACUUUGGGAGCGUACUGUUGUCAAUAAUGCAAACUGUUGUCAUGAUGGUGGGAGAGUUAAACUACCAUGAGAACAUCCUGAAACCCUAUUUAAAGGGAAACCUUCCCUUUCCCACACUCACAUUUAUCAUCUUCAUUGGAUUUGUCUUCGUGGCACCAAUUCUGCUGGUCAACCUUUUGAUUGGUCUGGCUGUUGGUGACAUAGCUGAAGUCCAGAAAAAUGCUAUCCUCAAGCAAAUCGCUAUGCAAAUUGACCUGCACACGGGCCUGGAGGAGAAGCUACCGCACUGGUUCAUGAAGCGGGCAGACCGGGCUACUGUAAGAGUUUACCCCAACAGAUCUUUUCAAAAGGCACGUGAGGAAUUCAUUGGGGAGGAAUCGCAGGAAGGGAAGACUCGGCUCAAUCUCACCUCUCGCCAAUCCACUCCUCUGGUGUGGGAACUAGCCAAGCAGAAAUACAGAAUGAGAGAGAUCUCCAGCCUCGUGGAGAAGCAGAAUACCCUGCUGAAGCUGAUCAUGCAAAAAAUGGAAAUCAACUCGGAAUCGGAGGAGACAGAUGGACCUGAUAGGAUCCACUCCCAUAUAAAAAACUGCUCCAGGACAGACAAGUGGGCUCCGGUCAUCAGAGCAGUGAUUGCUAAGAGGACAUAGAUCUGCCAGAACCAUAGCCUAUGUAUAUACUGUAA